GCAGACGGAUGUCGAUAUAAAAUGUGUCGUAGAUCGGGGGUUGCUUGAAGGAGGCAAUCAACUCGUUCUUACCCGAGACAGCGGCGAAUGAGUUUUAAGCUUUGACAUUAUUUUUCCAUCUAAAAAACAUUACAGUUUGCUUAUAUUUGAAAAUGAUUACUGAGGGAUGAAGAGAUAAUACGACAUGAUUUAACUGCACUGAUAAACUCGUUGGAGACAAUAGAUAGAUACUGAACCCUGUGCUUUCGAGAAAAGCACAAUGUGAUCAUGUGACCAAUGGAUGACAUCAGCUUAGUCAAUGGCUCUUCAAAGGUUGGGGUCUGGACCAACAAUGUAGAGUCACCCAUUCCUGCAGAGAGCCAUCCUUUACUGGAAUUGGGUGACAGCACCAAGCUCCUGGAGGUUCAGGUGGUACUUAUUCUGGCAUACAGCACUAUCAUCCUCCUGGGUGUAGUGGGGAACUCUCUGGUGAUUUACGUGGUUUGCAAGUUCAAGACACUCCGCACAGUAACCAACUUCUUCAUUGCCAAUUUGGCUGUAGCAGACUUGCUCGUGAACACGCUGUGUCUUCCCUUCACUUUGGCCUACACCCUACUUGGGGAGUGGAAGUUUGGACACGUACUUUGUUUCACAUUACCGUAUGCCCAGGGCCUAGCUGUCCAUGUCUCCACAGUAACCCUCAAUGUGAUUGCACUAGAUCGACACAGAUGUAUCAUUUAUCAUCUCGAGACUCGGAUGUCAAAGGACAAUUGCUUCCUUGUGAUUGGUGUCACCUGGGUGAUCAGUGCGGUGCUGGCUAGUCCACUGGCUAUCUUCAGGGAGUAUGGGAUUGUAGACCUCUCUCCAGGCAAAUCCAUUGAAGUGUGUGGGGAGAAGUGGCCAGGUAGGAGCACAGAUGGCACUCUGUACUCGAUAUCCAUGCUGCUGCUUCAGUAUGUGUUACCCCUAGCAGUCAUCUCUUUUGCCUACAUCCGGAUAUGGAGUAAACUCCGUAACCACGUGAGCCCAGCUGGGCGCAAUGACCCCCACCAUCGCCGUCGUAAGACCACUAAGAUGUUGGUCACCAUGGUUGUGGUGUUCGCUGUGAGCUGGUUGCCAUUCCACGCUUUUCAGCUGGCUAUCGACAUCGACAGCAGUGUCCUGGUCACACGCCACUUCAGGCUUUUGUACACCCUUUUCCAUAUCGUGGCCAUGUGCUCGACCUUUGCCAACCCGCUCCUCUAUGGCUGGAUGAACAGGAACUACCGCAGUGCAUUCGCUGCUGCCUUCCGCUGCAAGCAACGACUCGAUUCAGUGCGCCCUGACGGCCGUGAGAACACCUUGGUUCGUACCAACACCAAAAAGGCCCUCGAGGCCCAGGACAAGGUUGCGAGGCAUCUCAAUGCUACAGAUGUCUGAGGGAGCUGUAAAACAUUGGGAACAAUGGGUUAGGCAAAAUCUGCAGUGGGCGGCUCUGCACAGAACCUAAUCACCACAAGGGCAUGCUUAGAAUCUUCACUGCCUGAAUAUUCUCAGUACUAAUAUUAGCCUGCAUAUUUUUCAUGAUCAGAGAGCAUUCUGUCAUUUUCUCGCCAUUAGGACUUCUGGGGUGCUUUUCAGUUUGAGGACUUUUAAACAUGGCUUGUGGGUUGUCAGAAUAGGGAGGUCUGGUGUAAGAUGCCAUGUUAUUCUAAAAGCUUUUUUGAGUGGAUCUCAGAUGGCUUGUAUGCCUACUCAAAAGUAAUUUUGUCAAAACAGACAACAUACUGAUAUCACUAUAUGAUGGAAAGUCAUGCAGUUUUACCCUCUGCUGUGUUAUCUUAUGUAUUUAGGCAAGAGGUCUGAGGCCCAACAGAGCCUCACUAUAUAUGAAAAUGUUCAGGCAGCAGCCUAUCACUCAACAUAUCUGUACAUUAUCAAUGAACCAUUAUACACAGGCUGCCGCUCUCUAAGAGACAACUGAAGCACUGAAGAGAGAUGAGGGGGACGUUUUCUACUACCGCAGUAUGUAUGUUUCACGAGGAAAGGCCUGCAACAUAAGUGGCACUCUGAAAAGCCAUUAGGGAUAUUGCCAUUUCAGCGCAGUACACUUAAGCAAUGCAGAGAAGGAUUCCAAAGUGGGUCUCACCUAAAAUGAUUGAAAACAAGGUCUUCAAACCACAUACAAGGUGUAGGUAAUUCAGCUUUUUGGUCAUAUUCUGGAUCAAGAGAGAAUGAACGUGAGCGAUCUCAUCAUAAGCCUGAUCAACAACAGAAACUGUGACUCAUCCAAAAGAUUACACUGUAUUAAUGUUUUAAAAUGUGCUAAAGAGCUUUUUACUGUGAUAUGUGAGCUGCUGCUUUCAAAGUUGUUCUGCUAAAUGAAUGUAAUGUACAGUGAAUGAAAAUGUGCUGUUUCUAUGAAGACAAUUAUUUCUAUUACGCCAUCACAUAGGAUAAGUGUACUUUCAUAGCUUAAAUGAUGGGAUUUUUGGGGAAGGAAAGGAAAUUAGCCACACUGCUUCCAUAAAAACAGCACUUUAGUUUUCUGAAGCAAUUCAAUAGAGGAACCAAAACUCACUGUUGUCUGAAGUGCUUUUUCACUACAAAUGAUGAAUCAUUUGAACUAGCCAGUAGUAGUAAUUGAAAAUGAAGCUCUGGUUGGCUUCUCCACAGCACAAGAUUGCUCUAUUUGACCAGCAAGGCCUAUAAGAGAUGAGAAUGUCAUACUUAAUUAGAAGAAUGGAUUCCUGUGUGAUUUGGUCUAUUAUUUCAUAAUAGUUAUAUAAUAUGACAGUGCUUAUUGAAGAUUAUGCACUUUCAGAAUUUGUAACUUUAAUUUUACCAAAAAUGGUGUGUAGAAGAUGAAAUGUGAAUUCACAACUGAAUUGUGGCUUUAGAUAAUUCACAGAAAAAUCUUGGAGAACUCAUGCCUUAUCAGCCAAUUUAUUAGAAACACCUACCUUGUACCUAAACUGCCUAGACACUUUACCAAUAGGCUAUGACCCUAGUGUAGCAAUGUCCACUAGUAUAAUGUGGUAUUGUCAUCUUGUUUUUCAGUCAUUUCAUUUAUGCCUACUGAGGCAGUGUGGUCUGCAGCUCAGCACAGAAAGCAUUUGUCAGCAGAUCUGUCUGUGAAACCCACAUGCAAAAGGUUUGUAAAAACCUGAUAAGAAUUACAUUAGCCACAUACAAUAUUUAACAAAUAAAUAAUGUGGCAUAAUACUAGCAUUCUCAUUUUGUAUGUAAUGAAAGGAGGCAUAUUUGGGGAAAGAAAAAUAGAUUUGCACAUGAAUAGGGCCAUAAUCAUGUUUAAAAAAACAUAUGCUUUAUAAUAAACUUCACAUAUAAAAUCAUGAUCGUGUAUGAUUCUUACAGACCCAUAUUUG